AUGGGCGCAGGUAUAGCUCAGGUCUCCGCGCAGCGCGGUCUGCCUACAAUCAUGCGGGAUGUCUCAAUAGCAGGCCUGGCCAGAGGUCAGCACCAGAUUCAGACAAAUUUGGACAAAAUGGUCAAACGCAAGCGCAUGUCCGUCGUGGAGAGAGAACAGGUUAGUUCUAUGUACAACUGGUGUUUAUUUCACCUUUAUAAUAUCAGAAAACAGUUUUUUUCAAUGAAACGCCACAAAAGCAUUUAA